UUACGAAAUAAUCCAUCAUGAAUUUGAAACAUAUAAAAAUAUUUUUGCAUUUUCUGAUUUCAUUAACAAUGUGUCAAUAUAUUCAAACUCAGUCUCAUGCAUGCACACAUACACCUGACUAUAAUUUCGUAAAAGACUUAAGUAAUUAUGGAGAUCAAAUAACUAAAAUAGCGGGCGGACAAUACGCAAGACUCGGAGAUUUUCCGUACAUGGUAGUAGUGCAUCAAAUCAUAGGUAACGGAAACGCCAUACAAUGCGGAGGCACGAUUUUAUCAAAAAGAUGGGUUCUCACAGCCGCUCAUUGUGCGGAAAAAUACCCACGAAGAUUUUUAAUAGUUUUCGGUAUCGUUAACAAGUAUGGGAUAAGCUACGAUACUUAUCAAGGUCCCGGUAGGUCCAUGAUUGCGACUCAAGCGUUUAUACAUCCACAUUACAGUCAGGGCUUGAAUGACAUUGCUUUAAUUCGUAUGCCGCAUGAUAUUCCGUUCUCCAAAACUGUUCAACCGAUAAACCUUGCUUAUGAAAACUCAGAAAAUUUUGACGAUAAAUCUGCUUUUGCGAUCGGUUGGGGAAAAUAUCACACAAAUAGCGGAGUUUCGACAAGACUUCAGUACGCCGCAUUGCCGAUUAUUAAAAAUACUGUAUGUAGGCAAUUUUGGUACCAAGUCACUGAGAAAGAGGUUUGCACGGCACCAGGAUUAGGACGAAACGCUUGUCAGGGCGACAGCGGUGGUCCACUCGUUGUAGUGGAAAAUGGCAUGGAUAUUCAAAUCGGUAUUGUAAGUUACGGAGACGCAUAUUGUCCUAGCAAUAUGCCCGGCGUUUUCACGAGGGUUUCGUCGUACAUAAGCUGGAUUUACGGAAUUAUAAUGAAAUUUGAUACA